AUGAACGCACUGUCUCGUCGGGAAGAGGACAGCCUGUUAAAGGCUACCAAAGCCUACGCGCUCAAACAAGACGAACCAGAAUUUGCAGAUUGCAUGUCAGGACGUUUAAUUUCGGUGGCUUGGGCCUGCAAAGACAAGCUGAGGGUAGUCGAAAAGUGCAUGAUUCAAUAUACUGGACCGGAGUCUAUGGACAUCGUUCGUGGGGAGUACCUCAAGUUGCGAAACCAACGGCAAGAAGAAAAACGCAAACUUUUUGACGAGUCUUUGAGAUCGUAG